GAAAGGUGUGGUACGUACCUCAUCAUGGGGUCUACCACCCCCGUAAGAAAACACUGCGGGUUGUUUAUGAUUGUGCUGCAAUGUUUGCUGGAACAUCACUGAACAAAGAGCUGUUACAGGGACCAGAUUUGACUAGCACCUUAUUAGGUGUACUCAUUCGUUUUCGGCAAGGUCCAAUAGCCCUUAUGACGGACAUUAAAGGGAUGUUCCACCAAGUCAAAGUUGCUCAGGAACAUGUAAAUUACUUACGUUUUCUCUGGUGGCCCCACGGUGACAUCACAAAAGAGCUUGUUGAACAUAGAAUGUUGGUCCAUAUUUUUGGUGCAGUCUCUUCCCCUAGUUGUGCCACAUUUGCACUUUUAAAGACUGCUGAUGACAACCAACAUCUGUACCCAGAAGAGGUUAUUAAUACAAUCAGACACAGCUUCUAUGUAGAUGACUGUCUCAGGUCUGUACAGACAGUUGAGCAGGCCAUUUCUCUUUAUCAACAGCUCACUGAGGUGUGUGCCAAGGGGGGAUUUAGGCUCAAUAAAUGGGUGUGUAGUGAGCGCUCUGUCCUCUCGCAGAUCCCUGAGGAAAACAGAGCAACAGGUGUAAGGAUGCUAGAUCUUAGCCGGGACCAGCUUCCCACUGAAAGAGCCCUGGGGGUACAAUGGGAUGUUGACCAGGAUGUUUUCACCUUUAGCAUUGUAAACAAGCACAAACCACUAACAAGACGUGGUAUUUUGUCCAUUGUCAGCUCUAUUUAUGACCCUUUGGGUUUCUUAGCUCCAGUUAUUCUCCCUGCUAAACAGAUUCUUCAACAUUUAUGUAAACUGAAGUUUGGCUGGGAUGAGACAAUUCCACCAGAAAUGGCACAAGUUUGGAAAAAAUGGACCAAAGAUUUAGUUCUUCUUGACAACUUUAGUGUCAGAAGAUGCAUCACACCCAAAAGAUUUGGGGAAAUAAGAAAUGCACAACUGCAUCACGUUUGUGAUGCCAGUGAAACUGGGUUUGGUGCCGUGUCUUAUCUUAGGCUAACUAAUAGCAAACAGGAAGUGUGCGUUUCCUUUGUUAUUGGUAAAGCAAGGGUAGUACCAUUAAAACAAAUCACUAUACCACGACUUGAACUUGCUGCUGCAGUUUUAGCUGUAUGUCUGGACAAAAUGCUGUUAGUUCAACUUGGACUCAAUCUGAGUGAAUCAGUCUUUUGGUCUGAUAGCACAACCGUCCUGCAGUACAUUGCAAACACAACAACACGGUUCAAAACUUAUGUAGCUAAUAGAGUUUCCAUCAUUCGUGAUCUUACAAAGGUUACUCAGUGGAGAUACAUCAGCUCAAAGUUGAAUCCAGCUGAUGCAGCCUCUCGAGGCAUGAAGGUUGGCUCUUUUUUAAAGUCUUCCACCUGGAUCAGUGGGCCAGAAUUCCUCACAAAACCUGAGAUCCAAUGGCCAGCAGUGAUUAAAGAAUUACCUGUCCAUUUGGAAGCUGAUCCAGAGGUUAAAGAUCAAGUUCUGACAUGUGCAGCUGUGCUGGAAGAAGUGUGUCCCACCACCAAGCUGCUAAUGUACUUUUCCAGUUGGACAAAGCUAAAAAGAAGUGUAGCAUGGCUCCUGAAACUAAAAGAAAUGCUAUAAACAAAGAAGUUGCUAACUGCACACUGUGGAAAUCAAAUGUGUGAUAAACAGGACAAUAAAACAGAUGUUCAGCUCACAACUGAUGAUCUGUCCAAGGCAGAGGAAGCCAUAGUGAGAGUUGUGCAGAGAAACCAUUAUGGCAAUGAAAUGGCUGCCCUGAGCUCUGGUGCAGUGAAGAAGUCAAGUCAUCUGUACAAGCUUGAUCCUGUUGUUAGUGAUGGUGUGUUGAGAGUGGGAGGCAGACUGAGCAAAGCAGCCUUACCUGAAGAAACAAAACAUCCUGCAAUAUUGCCUAAAGGAAGCCAUGUUUCAAAGCUCAUUCUUCAACAUAUCCAUGAAAAGGUUGGACACAGAGGAAGAAAUCACAUGCUUUCUACCCUUCGACGACAGUACUGGAUCCCUCAUGCUAAUUCAGCAGCCAGAAAGAUCAUCAGAGACUGUAUGGUGUGUCAAAGGCAACGACAAAAGCCAGGUGAGCAAAAAAUGUCAGAUCUUCCUAUUGACAGAAUCUCAACUGAUCUUCCACCAUUUACUUAUGUUGGUGCUGAUUACUUUGGACCAAUAGAAGUGAAGAGAGGGAGAACUAUUGUAAAAAGAUAUGGAGUUCUCUUCACAUGCCUAACCUGUCGUGCAGUUCACCUUGAGGUGGCACAUUCUCUUGAUACAGAUUCCUGUAUAAACGCCAUCAGGAGAUUAAUCUGCCGCAGAGGACAAGUCAAGGAAAUCCGGUCGGACAACGGAACCAACUUUGUCAGCUCAAAUCGUGAGUUGAAGCAAGCCAUGUUAGAGCUAAAGCAAAGUAAAAUCCAAAAAUGCUUAGCACAAGAUGGCAUAAAGUGGACUUUUAACCCUCCUUAUGGAGCCCAUCAUGGUGGUGUAUGGGAGCGCCUGGUGCAGGAAAUAAAGAAAAUACUGUGCUCCAUCACAAACCAGCAAGUCCUAGAUGAUGAAGGCUUGCACACAGUUUUAUGUGAGGUGGAGGCUAUAUUAAAUGAUCGCCCGAUUACACCUUCUUCUGAAGAUCUCAAUGAUUUAGAGGCUCUUACUCCAAAUCAUUUGCUCCAGUUAAAAGGUAAGCCUGUGCUGCCACCAGGUUUGUUCAAAAAGGAGGACCUGUACACGCGGAGACGUUGGAGGCAAG